AACAAGCUGUUCCUUGUCAUUGGGACUAUUGAAGCCAUUUAAGAACUGAAUUUUGUUGACAUAGAGAAGAUGUGUAUUAAAUAUGGAAGACAAUAUUUUAUUAAUGAUCCAGGACAGGACACUCUGAUCAAGUGCUACCCAGAGGAUACUUUUGAUGUCUGCAUGAGUGCAGAUACUGGGAUACCUGGUUGUUCUGAGUGUUUGUUACCAGCCAGGGUAGUAUGUCAUGAGAACAUAUGUGGGGAUGAGAAAUUUCUGGUGGAACAGAAGAUGAGUAAAUGUAUGGAGUACUUACUCAUAUCUUGUAUAUUGCUGGCCAGCGCGUUGAUUUUAACAAGAGUUCCACAUCGUGUACUGAACGUAGGAGAGGGCAGAUGGCUAUACAAAGGAACUGUCAUGGAAGUGGCUUCUAUUGAUUUUCAAGGAGACGUCCUUGAGUCUGCUAGAUUCAUGGCUAUGAUGAACAGUACCUGUCCUAUAGAUCUGGAGGAGGUUCAGUACAAACGUGAUAAAAGUGUCUAAUUAUAUAAGU